AUGAUAGACGCAGUAAAGGAGUAUUUAACGCCCAAGAGCUUUGGUUGGGUAGCCUACGUUUGUGUGAUAUUCCAUUUCCUUUUUGGACUCGCGCUAUUUGGUGUUGUUCUUGAAUUAAGAAACGGCGAGUUCGCCAAAUUUGGUUGCGCUGUUGACAAACAAAGUACCGCAGCUUAUAAAACUUCGGUUGAGAAAAGAUGUUAUUCAAGAUACGAACAGACUUAUAACACUAUUCUACCAUUGUACGGCUUUGUUUUACUAAGUGUUGCCUUCACAGUUCUUGUCAGUGUUAUUUAUGCAUGGAGAGUAAAGGAUCGUGUCGAGGAAGUCGACAGAACCUCGAACGAAAGUGGUGAACCAACCGUCGAUAGCGAACAAACGAGCCAAGAAUUUUAUGUUUUCUACUUCUAUUUCUUCCACCUUGUUGUCCGUUCCCUGUUUGGAAUUCUGUUCACUGUUCUGCAACAUACAGUAUUUUAUCCCCGUGGAUUUCACUUCGAAUUCAGUUGCAGUCUGCCAACACCAGAUGUAACAUUACGGAGAGGAAACAAUACGUUUAUUGGUAAGUCAAAUAAUACCUUAAUUGCAUGCGAGAAUUCAACUGCCUCAGAAAAGCAGUUAUGGAGCGUGAUUGUCUCUGUAUUAAACACUGCUUUUGCCUUGAUCAUCCUUGGGGAAGUGAUUUAUUUGUGGCGACAGUUUCCAACCCUCAACUGUCGUUCUGACGUAGGCUCGAGCAGCGACACUGAAUUUAUUACUGAACAUCUACUUCGUAAGCGAUAUGUGCGACUUCAACUUACAACCAUGGAUAGAACUCCCGAUAUUAAUAUUGCGGACAGCAGCACUCCAAAUAAUAACAUUGAGGACAGUAGCACUCCAGACAAUAGCAUUGCGGACAGUAGCACUCCAGAUAAUAUCAACUUUCAAGAUUGUACAAACUAUUACAAACAACAAGUUUUGAAUCCUUCUUAUGCACCUGACAUAUGUUAUAAAGAAAAAACCGAUUUGAAUGACAUGUAUACUGACGUUAUUAUUCACACUGGUCGAGCCCAAAACCACUUUUCGAAGGAAAUGGACAGACACGAGAUAUUUGAUGUUUACAAGAAAAUUCCUAAAUCAUCCAUACGUCUGGAAAAGAUUAAAGAUUUAUUUUAUCCCAACAAAGACACCAAAGGCAAUUCUCCUCGCUCCAUUCUGGCAGUCGGACGGCCGGGAAUAGGAAAAACUGUCUUAACCAAAAAAAUUAUCCGUGAUUGGGCAAAUGGAAUUGAUGAAUUUUAUCAUGAUAAGACUGUUUUCUUAUAUAAAUUUAGAUGGUUCAAUAUAAUUGAUGAAUUACAAAAUUUAUCUCUUAAGAAGUUUCUUCGUUAUGGAACAGGACUGAGUGAAGAAAAAUUUGAAAGUAUUUUUGAAGAAAUUUUGAAGGAACCCCCGAAAGCAAUUUUUAUAUUUGAUGGUUUGGAUGAGUUUGAUGGCGAUCUGACCAACUACUUGGACCAGUCACGUGGACUUCCAAAUGAUCCCAAUAUGUCUGGGAUGACUUUAUUCAUCAAACUGGCUUACGGCAACCUUCUACAAGGAGCAACUGUUCUGGUAACGAGCAGACCAACUGCAGAUCAUUUUUACUCAAGGCUCAAUUUUGAUCGAAACCUUGAGAUAAUUGGCUUCACUUCAGAUAAAAUUGAAGAAUAUGUCAGUAAAUUUUGUGACAACAUCGACAGACCUGACCUGAAACCAAGGAUCUGGAAUCACGUAUCGUCCUCGUCAGACCUUUUGAAUUUAUGCUACAUUCCUGUAAAUUGUUUUAUUGUUUGUGUCACCCUUUCUGGAUGUCUCAUUCAUCCAAGAAAUGACACCAGUGCUCUUCCAACAACACUGACUGAACUUUACCAGACAGCCAUAGAUCACUUUGCAGUCCACCACAACAAAAACAUGGACAAAACCUUUUCUGAACAAACGCUCAGAAAACUUCAGGAAUUCGCAUCCUAUGGUAUCAAACACAGGCAAUUGGUUUUCAACAAAGAAAGUUUUGAUGAACAAAUGAAAAUGUCUGGUUUAGUGAACAGUUUAUCUAAUCCAAUCUUCCCAGUUCAAACACAGUUUUGUUUCAUACACUUAACCAUACAAGAAUUUCUUGCAGCAAAGCAUGUGACCGAUACUCUACCACCAGACGAGAUAAAGAAGUUCAUUUCCACUCAUGGGAAAAGUGGUCAGUGGCAUUUAGUACUUCAGUUUAUUGCUGGAAUUUUAAGCAAAAAAAUGAAGAUGUCUAGCAGUGACUACUAUGACUGUGUUUCAGAUUUUACAAAAUGCUUAGAUUUACGUCCUGAUACAAAGGCAUAUGAAAUGGACCUUAGCAUUCAUCGUAAUAUGUUUGUAAUGAAAUGUUUAAGGGAACUGGAUGAUGAAGACAUUGUCAAGACUGUUUGCCAAAACACUGAUUUAAAUCUUGUUACAUACAUUAGUUAUAUUGGAGGUUUGGAGUCACUUUCAACAAGUGAAUGUGUGGCAAUCACGUUUGUUUGCAAACAUUUGAACAAUUUAAAAUGUUUAUAUUUAGCUAGUUCACUUACUGAAGAUGAUUGUUUUCUGGAAGUUAGCAAACUACUACAACAAAGCUGCUUAGAGGUACUGUCCUUCCGUAACAACAAAGGUAGUGACUUGGCAAAGGAACAAAUAACCAGUGCAUUGAUGAGACAAAAAUGUACAUUGAACCACGAACACGUUAAGCUUACUCACCUUCAUAUUGGCAUGACUGAAGAAUGUGUAUCAAACAUGUGUGCAUUUAUUAAAAACGGACAUGCAAGUCAUCUUCAGAGACUCAAACUUUCCUCAAACUUUUCAGAUACCGGUACUCGAUCUUCUAAAAUGUCCAAACUCUGUGAGGCUUUGAAUGAGGUACCUUGUCCAGAACUGACAUAUCUGGAUUUAGGCUCCACUUACAUAAGUGAUGAAGGUGUUGAUAUGUUAUGCAAUGCUCUAAUAAAAGGACGACUUUGUAAGCUAAAUAUGUUGAUAUUGAAAUCCUGUUCCUUGACAGAAAAAUCCAUGCAUUCCUUGUGCAAAGCUCUUUAUCAUGAACAUUGUAAACUGAGUCAAAUGAAUUUGUCACGUAAUGCAAUAGGUGAUGAAGGUGUAAAUAUAUUUUUUAAUGACGCUGUCAGAAGAGAUCAAUGUGAAGUUACUUAUUUGCAACUUGGUAGUUGUUCAUUGACAGUGAAUUGCAUACUUCCAUUGUGCAAGGCUUUGCAAGACAAACACUGUAAACUGACUUGGUUAUCAUUGUCAAAUAAUGCCAUUGGUGAUGAAGGUGUACGCAUGCUGUGCACAGAUGCUUUGAGAAGAGAACAAUGUAAGCUUACUCAAUUAGACCUUGAAAAUUGCAGUUUGACAGAUGAAUGUCUACCUCUUCUGUGCAAGACUCUGCAAGAUGGACACUGUAAGCUUAAUAAUCUCUCCCUAGGUGGAAAUAACUUUACUGAAGAAGGCAAGAAGAAUUUUCUUUGCAAUGUAGCGAGAACUGAAUGUUGUAAAUCUAGAGGUUUACAAAUUUAA